UUCUUUCGAUCCCAGUGCAAAAUUAUUCUGUGGGAGCAGGUUUUAGGUUUUCCACCGAUUUCCCCUUCGAAAACUAGCUUCUUCCGUACUAGAACAGCUUCUCCCGAUAGGGGCGAUUGUGGAGCUAUUCCUCGGAAUCAAACACCAUGACCAGAGCCAACAUUGAACUCGGCGAUGUCACUCAUCACAAUCUGAAACAGCUGAAAAAAAUCAACACGGUGGUGCUGCCGGUGUUGUACAACGACAAGUUCUACCUGGACGUCCUGGAGUCCGGAGAGCUGGCAAAGCUGGCUUAUUACAAUGAUGUCGUCGUUGGUGCCGUCUGUUCGCGAAUCGAUACCUCGGACAACUUGCGAAGGUUGUAUAUUAUGACGCUGGGAUGUUUAUAUCCCUAUCGGCGGCUGGGAAUCGGCUCCGUUAUGGUCAAACACAUUUUGAACUACGUCGAGAAUGAUGGCAACUUUGACAGCAUAUUUUUGCACGUAAAGGUCGAUAACGAGGGCGCUAUAGAAUUCUACAAAAAGUUUGGUUUCGAAAUUGUUGAAACGAAGCAGCACUACUACAAACGGAUUGAACCGGCCGAUGCCCAUGUUCUGCAGAAGACACUGACCAGACGCGGAAACGCAAACCCACAGCAGCAGCAGCAACAGCACCAUCAGAACGGAGUUGGGGGACACAACAUCAACCAGAGCAGUCAGAGUAUUCAGAAUUCCACCUCCCAGCAACAGCAAGCUCCGGAAAAGAACCGAUAAAUGAAGCUAAGCUUCAUGAAUGGGGCCAUUUUUCAGUCUUAGAUCAAGCGAAAAUGCAUUGACGGUAGGAGUUUUUGUUCGAUUUGUUAUUUAUUCAGCGCUGCAGCAGUACGUUUGGAAAAUUAAUGGCACCAAAUUUGAGUUUCCUUUGAGCAAAGUAGUGAAUGGUUUAUCUUUUAUUUUGAACAUAGAUCUUACCCUUUCUUUAGCUGCCAAUUGCUUACCCAGAAUUGUGGUUCAAUUUUAUGUUUGUCUUGCAAUUUGUAUCGGAUUCUCAUCCGUUUUACAAGUGCGCGGAAUGAUGUUCGACAUUGUUGCAAGAAGUACCUAUAAUAUGAAAAGUGUUUGAAAUGUACGAACGAUUAUUUUAAGAAACUUGAUAUCUCAAUAUGUUGAAUAGAGGUCGAAUAAAACGGUAGGCGUAAAAUAAA